AUGGUUUCACCUUCAAAAGAAAAAGAACAAGCUGGUUCGAGAUGUUUAAUUUGCUCAGCUCAAGCGACUGGAUUUCAUUUUGAGGCGCAAAGUUGUUCGGCUUGUGCUGCAUUUUUUCGAAGAACUGUGGCACUCAAUAAAAGUUUCACGUGUAUUACAGCCAGAGAUGAUUGUCAGGUAAGGAUUUUUUGAGAAUUGCAGUUUCUGAAUCUGAUAACUUGAAUCCAAACUCGCUCCGCGUGAGCCGAUAAAUUUUGAACUACACUUGCAUUUUUGUGCUCGCCAUUUCUACAGUAACCCAGACUUGUUCAGAUUCAGAUAGAUCUACUUCGAGUUACUAUACUCAAAAAUGGAAGUACUGUACUUAACUUAAUAGUUUGACUCAAAGGGAUAUCCCAGCUCAACAAUUUACUAAGAAAACCUGAUUGCUAAAAAAAUUAUUACCAAAUUUCCAGGUUCAUUACACAAUGCAUCAAAUUUGUCGAAGUUGUCGAUUCAAAAAAUGCCUAAAAAUCGGAAUGAAACAAUCUGGUGUUCAACCAAAGCGACCGACUUUGGAACAAGGAAGAGCAUUUUUCACAAAAAGUGGGCUCAAGAGAAACAAAAAAUUUGCAAAUAUUGCGCCAAUGAAUGAAGAUGAGCUAAGACAAGCUUCGAAGCAACAAAAUCUGGAAGAAGAAUUGGAAAUUGAUGUGGUAGCGAAUGGAGAUGGUGAAAGUGAAAUGAAGAGGCGAAAAUUCUCAGAUAUUCCAAGUUCUAGUCAAACACCAACUUCUUGUAAUACACCAAUUCCAAGAGUAGAGUUAACGUAAGUCUGAAAUAAUUCUUUUAAAAAGUUACCAGAGAUUUUAGGGCAAGUCAAGAUGUUCUUCGAUGGUUGGUCAAAGAGGAGAUGAAGCUUGGAGAAAGGAGGAGAAUUAUGUUUUGUGAGAGACCUGUUGAGAAAUUAUUAGGGCAAAAUUAUAAUUGCGUAAGUUGUGGGGAUUUUUGAUGUUUGAAGUGGAAUGAGAUGAGAGAUCAAAUGAUUUGAAAAAAAAACAUUUUUAGUAUAACUAUAGAGUUAGAGGCGCAGAGAAAUCUCAUUGAAAAAUUGCAGCCGUAUACCAAAGAAGAUAUCAAACCUUUGUCAUUCCGUGCAUUCAGAAAAUCAAUCCGAACUCAUAUUCUACUAAUUUAUGAAUGGCUUCAAGCUUGGCCUGAUUAUCAAGAAUUGGAUAACAAUGACAAAGUAUCAUUUCUCAGAAAAUGUGUUUUAUUUCACACAAUUCUUGAUCCAGUUUAUAUUUCAAUUCAAAUCGGAUAUCCAGAUAAAUUUGUAAUGCAAAAUGGUGGAUAUGUUUCAUGUUUAGAAAAUUGUGAUGAUGGUUGGGAAGAUGAAAAGGAAAUAACUGGAAGGACAAAAAGAUUGAUAUAUCAACCAUUAUUAAAAAGGAUUAUGGAAGAAAUUAUUCCGCCAAUGAUUGAAUUGAAUUUAUCAUUUGAAGAGUUUGUGGCUUUAAAAGCACUUGUUAGUUGGCAAGGAGCAAUUCCAAAUGUUAGUGUUUCGAAAAGAGAUAUUAUGAGAAAACAAUUGGAUGCUAUUACAAUAAGUCUACAUGAUCAUUAUAUGCAAAUUGGAAAAAUUGAAGUGGCAGAGAGACUUGGAUCUAUUAUUUUAUUAUUGAGCAAUAUUUUUGUGAGUUUUGAGAAUCGCGGAAAUUACGGUAUUUUUUCUGGUGGGAUUUUCAUUCCAGCAAUUUUUCUGACAGUACAUCUUUGUCUCUUACUUAGAAGACUAGCUGUGGUUUUCUAGAUCAGAAAAAAAUGUUCCUAUAAUGUUGAGUUCAGGAUACUGUAGUAAGUUCCAAAAAAUAUUUUCCACGUCAUAACAUGUUUCUUUUGUGUAAUUUUUCAGAAUCACAAACAUUAUAUUUUUCUAAAACCCCUAUAUUUUUCAGUCAACUGGCCUUGAUUUUGUUGUGAGUCAUCGACAAAUCGAAUUUUUCGACCUAUGGAACUUGGAUUCUCUACUUCUCCAGCUUCUAAAUUUGGACACAAUUCUUGAAGAUAAUGAACAGAAACAAAAUAAAGAUGAGGAAUAA